UCUAACUCCCAACUGUGCUUGCCUUGGCAAUCUCAUCCCAAAUGACAAUGGCUGCCUGCUUCAAGGUGUCGUCACUGCAACUGCCAUGUAACCACCUCCAACCACCAGGUCCUCCACCAAAUCCAAUAGUCAGAGUCCGUUGCGCUCUAAGCAAGCAAGCCCACCGCUUUCUCACCUCCCUUUCCAACAACGCAGCCGCAGACGACACCUCCGUCUCCAAUCGCUUAAUCCGCAAAUUCGUACAAUCCUCUUCCAAAUCCAUCUCUCUCAACGCCCUCUCCCAUCUCCUCUCCCCCCAAACCUCCCACCCCCACCUCUCCUCUCUCGCCUUCCCUCUGUACUUGAAAAUAAGCGAAGCGACUUGGUUCGAUUGGAACCCUAAGUUAGUGGCAGACCUCAUCGCUUUGCUUGAUAAACGAGGACAAAUGGACCAAGCACAAAUCCUAAUGUCCGAUGCCGUUUCCAAAUUACAGCUUCAAGAACGCAACCUGGCUCUCUUCUACUGCAAUUUGAUCGACUCUCACUCCAAACACAGAUCGAAACCGGGGCUUUUCGAUUCCUAUACACGUCUCAAGCUGCUGAUGAGUAGUUCAAGCUCUUUAUAUGUGAAACGUCGCGCAUUUGAAGCAAUGAUGAGUGGAUUGUGUGCGAUGGACCUACCUUUUGAAGCUGAGAAUUUGAUGGAAGAAAUGAGAGAUUUAGCACUCAAGCCAUCUGUGUUUGAGUUUAGGUCUGUGAUAUACGCAUAUGGAAGAUUAGGUUUGUUGAAUGAUAUGAAGAGGUGUUUGAAUCUAAUGGAGAGUGAGGGUUUGGGGUUAGAUACAGUUUGCUCAAAUAUGAUCCUAACGUCAUUUGGAGCUCACGGCGAACUCUCAGAGAUGGUUCUAUGGCUCCGAAGGAUUAGGAAUUCAGGUGUUGGAUUAUCGAUUCGAACUUAUAACUCGGCAUUGAAGUCGUGCCCGACAAUCACAGAACUGCUUCAAGACCUCGAAGGUGUUCCCACUACUAUCCAAGAGUUGAUGGACAAUUUACAAGGUGACGAGGGCUUGUUGGUCCAAGAGUUGAUUGGAUCAACGGUUUUGGAGGAUACAAUGGAGUGGAAUUCGCUUGAAGGGAAGUUGGAUUUGCAUGGGAUGCACUUGGGGUCUGCCUAUUUGAUUAUGUUACAGUGGAGAGAGGAGCUCCGGUCAAGGUUUAAGGAAGGGAAUUGCAUUGUUCCGGCAGAGAUUACAGUGGUUUGCGGGAUGGGAAAGCACAGUGCUGUAAGGGGAGAGUCACCAAUGAAGCGAUUGGUCAAACAGAUGAUGAUUUGGAUGAAAUGUCCAAUGAGAAUUGACCGGAACAAUGUUGGAUGUUUUGUUGCCAAGGGACGCGUGUUGAAAGACUGGUUAGGUUCAUCUAACGCAUUCUGCUAAGGCUUGUGAGAGUCGGGGAGAGUAAUCCAAUCAUCGUGCCAUAGUAGCUAUCUCCAUGUUUUACAUGGGUCUUGUUAGAAAACUAGACAAGGAGCCUCGUUAGAAAAUCUCUUGAACUGUUUGCUGCAGAUGGAAAUAGAGUCUGCAGCACUAGAGGAAUUAAUUGUAAACAUUCUGUCAUUUGCAAAACAGGAACCAACCUGAUAUUAGCAUUAUCUCCGCAACAUAAACACAUUAACCUAAACUAAAGGUAUACCAAACGCAUCUUUACAUUGAACCUGGAAUCAAAGUUGAUCUCAAAUGAUCUUUUAGAUAAACAUGCAAAAUUAAGUGUCCUGCAGACAAAUUUCCAGUUUCCGCAGGGGAGCAGAGUAAGGAACCAAACUCGCCUAAUGAUCUCAUUGUAAUCUCUGCUCUAGCUUACAUUAGUAUAAGGAGCUUUCUGUUUGAUGUAAACCACCUCAACAGUGCUUCAGAGUUCCUGAAGCAUUGAAUCUACCUCAAAAGGAAAUAGGCUGGGAUUUUCUGCUAUAUUUUUGGUUUCACAUGUCUUCUGCUAUUAUUUUGCUGCCUACCACUUGGCAAUGGCACCAAAAUUACCCAGAAGCAGAUGAAUUGUUCAGAUGUUAAUGACAAAGGGCAGCGUGUAAUACUCAAGUUCAAGUUUAACUACAUUCUUUAACCAAAAGCUCUUUGCCCACGUCUGCAUCUGUUGCGGCUCAAGCCAUGGAUUCAUUCCGAUGAACAUUGAAAUAGUCAACUCUCCCAGCAAU